CGACCAUCUCGACAUCCCGGCACCUCAGCCUAAUGGCCGAAGCCGGAGGCGGCUCCAAAAAGGGCACCGGCCGUCUUCACUCGGCUGAGCCGGGCUCCCCCUCCGCCGGCGACGGCGGAGCCGGCCCUAGCGGCAGCACCUCGCCCUCGCCGCCUCGAACCGGCGGCGGCAGCGGCAGCAGUCGGGCGCCGCCGCCGGGCACCACUCGCAAGUGCCCCGAGUGCCUCCGAAACUACAAGGGCAAAUGGUACCGACACAAACACAUAGACGGCGAGUACACCUGUGAUGGCUGCUAUCGCUUCUACCUGAAGAACGAUCACUACAAGCCGGCCUCGUCGCCAGGCACAGCCGGCGGCACUGGCGGCACUGGCGGCGGCGACGCCGUCGCCGGCGGCGGCGGCGACGAGGAGGAGGAAAGCGUCGCUGCGGGCGGCGGCGGCGGAGGCGGCGGCGGCACCGCCGCCGCGGCCAGCGGCGGUGGCAAGCGCGGCGUGAAGCGUAAGGCCGACACGUCGCCGCCGCCGGACCAAGGCAGCGGCGGAAGUGGUGCUGAUGGCGGCGGUGGCGGCGGCGGCGGCGGCACUCGAGGUGGCGCCAGCUGCAAAAAACGUGGGCGCCUAAACGAAGACGCAGACGACCCUGCUGGCGGUGGCGCCGGUGGCGGCGAGGGCGCUGUGGCAGAGUCGCAGCACGGCCCGGGCGACGUCAAGACCUUUGCUCGCCGCCGCUCGUCACAAGACGGGGCGGCGGCGGCCGGCGCCGCCGCCAGCGGGCGAGGCCGCGCCAGUCGCGGCCGCGGCCGCACCUCGGCAUCUGGGUCGGAGGACAUCGGCGGCGGCGGCGGCGGCGCUGCGCAGGCGGGGCGAGUUGCCGCAGGCUCGGCAACAGCAACAGCAGCGGCGGCGGCAGCGGCAGCGGGGCUCUCCACCAUCACUGAGGAAGAGGGCACCGCCGACGCGGCGGCGCCGGCGAACUCGGCGGCGGCACCAGUGGGUCCGGAGCCGGACGGAGAGGAAUCCCGAGCAGACGCGGGCGCAGAUGCGGGGGCGGCGGCGGCGGGUGCGGAUCUGGACGCCGACGCCGAGGGCGCCCGCCGGCGCCCCGCACACCGAGGCCUCGGCCAUCAUGGCCCCGCCCACCCACACGCUCAGGCCCCGCCGCCGCCGCCGCCGCAGCCGCCGCCGCAGCCGCCUCUCGGCCAAGGCCACCAAGGCCACCAAGGCCACCAAGGCCACCAAGGCCACCACGGGCACCCACACCACGCGCUGGGCGGCGCCGCGGCGGCGGCCAUGGCCCGCCGCUCCGCCCUGCUGGCGCGCGCGGAGGAGCACGGCGGCGUGCGUUGCGCCGAGUGCGGCUGCACCGAGUCCCGCCGCUGGGUCAAGCAACGAGCCGCCGGCGGCGGUGGCGGCGGCGGAACUGCCGCUGCGCGGCAGGAGGGUGAGGACGGGUGUGCGCCGUUGGUGUGUGAGAGGUGUGAGGACUACCACAGGCGGCAUGGGUCGUAUCCGGCGGCAGCGGCGGCGGCAGCGGCGGAGCCAGGGGCGGCAGCAGCGGCAGCGGCCGAUGGAGGCGCAGGUGAUGGGGGGCUGCAGGCGGCGGCAGUGAAGGGCGAGGCGCCGCCGGAUGAGGCCGAAGCCGGGGCUGGCGGCGGCGGCGGCGGCGGCAGCAGCGCCGGUCCUUGGCCUGGCACGGCAGCUGCGGCAGGGGCGGCGGCGGCGGCGGCGGCGGCGGCGGCCGCUGGGUCGGAUGACGAGGCGCAAUUCCAGACCGCGUCGGAGCGCGAGUCCCAGGAGUUCUCGCCCCUCAAACAGAAGCAACCGCAACAUCCGCAACCGCAACAGCCACAGCCGCAAUCGCCGCCGGCGGCGCUGCCGCCUCCCUCGUCACGGUCCACCCCGAGCCGCCGGUCGGCGGCGGCGGGCGUGGCGGCGAUGCUUCGCGCCGCCGCCGCCGCCGACAACAACGACUCGGAUCACGACGAGGAGGAAAACGGCGAUGCAGCGGACGGCGACGACGGCGACGAUGAUGAGGAGUUUGCGCCGCCAGGCGCCAGCCGUGGCGGCGGCGGCGGCGGCGGCGGUGGCGGCGGCGGCGGCGCGGGGGGGCAGCGUAAGCAGGCAGCGGGCCAGUCCGCCGCCAAGCCGGCGGCGCGGCAGCCGCGAGUGACGCCUACCGGCCGUGGCCGCGGCACGACGGCGGCGGCGGCGGCGGCUGCCGCCGCCGCCGGCUCUACCGGCGACGGCGCUGCGGCGAUGGAGGCCGACGGCGGCGGCGCCGCAACCCCCGGCGGCGGCGGCGCCGCCGCAGCCCCCGGCGGCUCGAUGGCGGGCCGCCGCUGCGCGGCGUGCGGCAGUACUAGCACACAGUCGGGCUGGCGGCGGCACCAGGGCGGACUACCUGGAGUGGUGGUGUGCAAGCGCUGCUACGACUGGCACUACAGGCACGGCACCUACGAGCGAGGCAGCGGCAGCGUGGCGGCGUCGCCGCGUGGAGGUGGCGGCAGCGGCGGCGGUUUCGGCGGCGGCGGCUCGCCAAGCAAGUCGGGGGCGGCGGCGGCGGCGGCAGCGGCAGCAGCAGCGGCGGGAGGAGGAGGUGGUGGUGGUGGUGGAAGUAGUGGCGGGCAGCCGCGGCGGGCGUCGGCGAGGCAGGCGGCUGCUGGCGCCGCCGCUGCCGUGGCUGCGGUGGCGGCUGUGGAGGCGGAUAUGGCGGCGGAGUCGCCAACCGCCUCCAUCAGACGCCAGAGAACACCGCUGUCGCCGCCGCCGGCCCUGUCGCCGCCGCCGCCCGCGCCGCAGGAGCAGGAGCAGCAGCAGUUUUUCUCGCCGCCGCCACCGCCGCAACAGUUGUUCUCGCCGCCGCCCCAGCAUGCGCAGAUGCUGAAGCAGCAGCAGCAGUCGCAGUACAUGGCUGCAGGCAGCGGCGGCUUUGCGGCGCCACCGCUGCACACGCCAGCAGCAGCGGCGGCGGCGGCGGCGGUGGCCGGAACGGCGGUGGCGGGAACGGCGGCCUGUGGCGCGGCGCCUGUGCCUCCCCCGCACCUGAGCCCAGCGGCAUUCAUGGCAGCUGCCCAACACCAACAGCACCACCAACACCCAUACCAACACCCGCACCCACAACAGCAAUACCCGUACCAACAGCAACAGCAAGCGCCCUUGCAAACACCUUCAGCCGUCACGUCGCCGCACCUGCAGCCACAACCACCACCUCCACUGCCACCGCCAUCUCCAUUGCCACUGCCAACGGCGCCCUUCGCGGCCGCCUAUGCGCCGCCGCCGCCGCCGCCACCCUCCUCCGCCGCCGCCGCCACUCCUCUCCCACACCCGCAUCAGCGGCUGGCUGCGGAGCCGGACCUGGACGUGUCGGAGCUGCGGGGCCAGGUGGCGGCGUUCGCGGCGGCCCUGUCGCGGUGCUGCCAGGCCCUGGUGGAGUUGGACGGCUCGCAUGGUGGAUCGCUGCUGCUGCUCGGCCCCACUCCCACUCCCACACCUGCACCCACACCCGCGCCCACACCCACACCUGCACCCGCACCCACACCCGCACCAGCGCCGCCGUCACACACGCCCUCAGCCCUGGCUUUAAAUCCGCCGCCGCCGCCGCCUUCUGAGUCUUCCCAGUCUCCGCCGCAGUCGGCUCGGCGGCGGGUGUACGCGGCGGUGUGUGGCGGCGAGCCGCGGCUGCGGUGCCGCUUCCUGGGGGAUGCCCUCAUGCGCUGGUUCCAGGCCCGCGCCUGGCCCUGCCCUCUGGCGCUGCUGAUGGGGCCCUCGGCGGAGCUGGGCCUGGGCCGGGAGGCGCCGCUGCCGCCCGCCAGCCCGGGACAGCAGGCCCUAUGGAGCGCCUCCCGCCGCACCGCCGCCGCCAACUGGGCGGCAGUGGCGGCCGCCUGCAGCACCCCCUGCUACUCCGCCGCCACCGCCGCCGGCGCCGUACCCUCCCUGGUGGGCGCCGCCGCCCCGCACGCCCACCUUUGCGCCGCCUCCUUCCGCCGCGUCGUGGAGCAACUGGCGGCGCCGCUGGCGGCGAGCCUGCUGGCGGCGCCGCCGCCUGCAGUGCAGCCUUCGGCGGCGGCGGCGGCGGCGGCAACUGCGCUGCCGUACGUCCGGGACGCGGUGGCGGCGGCGCUGACGCUGGCGUUACAGGUUUGCGCCGCCAGCAGCCGCCUGCAGCUGCGGCUGGCGGCGCCGGGGGAUACCGUCGCGGCGGCGGCGGCGGCGGCGGCGACGGCGGCUGUAGAGUGGGUCAGCCUGCCUGUGGAGGCGCCGGCGGAGGCGGCGCAGCAGCUGGCGGCAGGGUUGCGCGCCGCCGCCGCCGCUGCCGCCGCCACGGAUGGCGGCGGCGGCGGUGCUGACGGCGAUGCUGGCUCGGCGUUUGACGGCCUGCCAGCUCUUGUGCCGGCUGCAGCUCCGGAGUCUGCCGCGCAGCCGCCUCCGCCGUCACCGUCGGCGUCCGCACUCGCCUCCGGCGGCGCCGCCAGUGAUGGCGUCAGCACGGCCGUGUGGGUGACGGCGCCGGGUCUGACGCUGCGGGAGGUACGCCCGCAAUACCCGUUGCAGUCGCCUGCGUCGGUGGCGGCGGCGGCAGUGACGGCGGCGACGGUAACGGCGGCGGAGGCGGGCGCGGUGGCGGCGGCGAUGGAGGCGGCGGAGGCGGUGCGGGCGGCGGUGCGGGCGGCGCUUGCGAAAGGCGACCAGGACGAGCUGCACUGCUCCGCAGAGGCGGCGGCGGCCGUGGUGCUCCACCUGGUACAAGCCCUCACCGCCGCCGCCGCCGCCUCAACCGCCAACGGCAUUGGCGGCGGCGGCGCUGGCGGCGGCGGCGGCGGCGGCUUUGCCGAGCCGGGCCAAGUGGUGAUGGUCGUGUCGCAGCCCGCCGCCAAGAGCGGCGGCGGCGGUGGCGGUGGCGGCGGCGGCGGGAUUCGCCAACUGCCGGCGGUACUGGCGGCGCUGGCGCGGCCGGUGCCGCCGCCGCCGUCGCCGCCCGUGGUGGUUGAGGUGCCGCUGGUGCCGGUGUCGGUUGUGGCGCUGCGCCAGCUAGGCAGCUAGGCAGCUAGCUCACGCUAGACAGGCUGGGCGGCUUGGUGGGCCGGUGCGGGUGGGGGUGCGGGUGCGGAGGUAAGGGCUUGUGCGGGCUUCGGUCCGUUGCGGUGGGGCCGGCAGGCAGGCAGACCGGCGGGUGGUCGCCAGGCAGGGUUGGUUGUGCCCCAGUGCCCCUCGCCUGCCCACAAGGCGUGCGUGCUUGUUGUGCAGGCGCGUGGUACGUACGGUUGCGCGUGCCGCCGUACGGCAUGUGUCGUGUUCCCGGCUGCGGUGGAGGCAGCGCUGGAGUGCGGCUGUCGGUUUGGGUUGGUUCACUGCCGUGCAGUCUGACAAACACACACGCACACGCACACAGGAGGAGGGAGGGUCGACACUCUUUUAGUCCAUAGGCAGGUCCGCAGGUGUGUGCCGUGCAUGUGGCGGCACGGCGUCUGUGUCGGGUAAUAGGGCAGGGAACGCAAUGACCGUGUAAGCGAUGUUGUGUGUGUGUGCGUGUGCGCAAAUGUUUGGGCCUUUGCUUUUGGCGCCAGAACUUCGUUGUUUGUAGCGCUUUAAAAGCCGCUUAUUUUUUUGUUCGGGUGAAGAGCGGUGUGGUAUUGGUGUGGGCUUGCAAAUGCGUGUGCUGUCUGUCUCGCGGACCGUCUCAGUUGCGGGGCUGUGUGGGUACGCGCUUCCACGAUCCGGACGCUCCUUGCAAUGGAAUUGACAGUAAAACAGCUCAGAGCAGGUGCUUGGACAGGUGCUAGGCUGCUAGAUGCCUCAUUAUCAGGCAAUUUGUUGAGGUCUUAAAUAUGCGAUAGGACAGGGUAAGCAAGGGGCAGGGUCCCGUAGUGUGCAGCACUGCAACGUAUGCCCAGAGGUAGUGUGUAGCAAGCUGGCAGAUGUGGAGCUGGAGGCAGCCUGGCAGGACCGCAGCAGGGCUGGUGCGGAAGCUGGUGUGGCCUGCAGAGUUUAGGCGGACCACGGCUGGCGGUCUGGUGGUCUGGUGGGCUGGCUGCCCGUUGGUCCAAUAGGUUAGUCGAAUGACGGCGGAAGUCACCCGCAGGACCGCGUCACCCGCUGAAUUCACCACUGCGUUAACA